GCAUGUCGGAAGCUGGGCUGGACAGCCUCGACGGAGACGGCGCCAUCAGUUGCGUGGGCCUUCGCCAGUGCCACUUGUGCUUGGCCCCAGGUGCGGACAAACAGUACAAGGGCAUUUGGCUUCACUCGGCCGCCUGCUGGAACGCUGUGAGAUCGAGGAAGCGCAACGCCAAGGCUUCUCCCCAGUUGCAGCAGCAGGACGACAAGGACAUGAUCAACGAGCCCGAGAAGUGGCGAGGUAACGUCACGCCGUUCUUGAGCACCGACUCCUCGAGCAGGGCUCAAGCUCGGGCGGCCGUCCGCGACCAAGUGAAUGUCACGGAGACCAUGCAAGUCGACAGUGAGAUGCAGCUCGAUGAUCAGCACAUUCUGACUCGCACCCGUUACAAGAACUACAGGAAGUGGUGGGACGACGUCGGGUCAGAUACGGCCUACGAGGACUUCGACGAAGAGCACGAGGAGCAGAAGGGCAAGUACGACACUACGGACAAGCACGGGAACAAGGUCGCGAGGGUAAAGACCGAGGGCAACGCAAUGGUGAGGAAGGGCAAGGGGGUCACACACAAACGGGGCCAGCGCACUACUACUCCGACGGAUGGCCACGACGGCAACGCCGACAGUGACCGCCCGAGGCGCCGCAUCAGGCUUGGUGCCGACUCCGAUGCGGCCGACAGCGCUGCUGGGGGGUCGCUUCAGUCCACCUUCCGCCCGAGGCCAUGCUCCCGCAGUUUCUCGUCUGGUGGAGCUGCAGGACACGCGCGCGCUGAUGCAGAUGAGGAGGAGCCCGAGCCUAAGAUGCAACCUGCGGCAAGCCCACCUGAUAAGGUCAAGAAGGAUAAGGUUCCAACGCCACCGACAGCGAGCUUGGAGUUCAUCAACAAGAAGGAGCAGCUGCCGGUGGACUCGGAGAAGCUCUUCGACAAGAUUGCGGGCUCCAGGGGGAUCGCGACCACGCUGGCGCAGUGCCGAGUGGACAUCAGCAGGGCCGUCAAAGGCGACGCCUCGGGGUGCGACGACGGCGUCGCCUUCGAAGGCGAGUUGCAACCAGAUGAGCUACCUGAUGGCCAUGAGGACCUCGAGCACAAGAUCGAGGCGCUGAAGACCGAGGUCAAGGGCUUGAUCGAUAAGAGCAAGAGCGUUCGCCGCGCCGAGCUGGAGGCGCUGGAGGGCAAGAAGGACGAGCUGUACGGGAAGCUGAGUGCAUUGGAAGUCACCAUCUCUGAGGUGGUGUCAGUCACGACGCAGAAGAAGGGGAAGGCAGUCACCCAGCAGCGCAAGGCUUACAUGAACAGACGAUGGCAGAUCACGCAGAUCGUAACCAAACUCCUGAACGGCACCUUUUCCGAGAAGCACGGGCAGUUCUUGGCGGGUUUGCUGGUCGAUGUCGUGUUCGCGGCCAGCGUCGGGGACACGCAUCUGGCCAACACAGACGCGAAGGGCGACCCAGUUCAGCAGGCGAAGAUCUUCGCGCCGAAGUGCGUGUGCUUCUCCGUCGACCCCAGCCCUGAGGAGUUCGCCUGCUCGCACGUCGUGCACUGGACGGGUGCGGUCGACUCGCCUUUCAAGGCCAUCUUCGACACCAACAAAGACGUGAUCAGCACCAAGCUUGAGACGUUCGAGAGCACCAUGGCGGAGAACGACAAGUGGGCAGGGGCAUGUGGCACGUGCGGUGAUGGGUUCGUCCUGGAGGGGGCCUCGAUGUACGGCUCCACGCUGGAGGACAUCGACAUGAGUGGCUCGAAGCCUUGGAUCGUGAGCGUUCGUGAGGGCCACCGUCGCAGUGCACCAGCUUGCUCGCCGUUGGCAGGGCUCGCAUGCGUCAUCAAACCGAUCGGUGACCAACGGAUCUUCGUCCACGGGGUCGCCAUGGAGCCGCUCUUGCAGAUGGGCAUCGCGCUGGCGGACUUCGACUCGUUCUCGAACACCGCUGCGGGCGUCGAGUUCAUGAAGGCGCACUCGUUCGUGGUCGGUGCCAAGCCCGACGAGAUGGUCUACUUGCCGCCAGCGUGUCUCUACUACGUCAUCGCCAUGACGGCCAACAACAAGAAGACGAAGACAGAGAAGGAGGUUGCUCACAUGCUCCACUUGCCUGUGUGGGUCAAGAGCUGGCACGGAUUCUCGGAGAAUAUCAAGAACGCGAUUGUCGCGCUGAACGGCUCGACAUUCCAGCAGAAGAGGGGCAAGCAGAUGUGGGAGGAGCGCCUCGCGUGGUUCAACAAGAUCCUC